AUGGCCAGCAGUCACAGACCUCCAGUAUCUCAUCCUUCUUCAAGAGCAGGAAUAGGGCUGACCCCAAGACCUACCUCUUCAUCAAGGACUCCAUCAGCAACCAGAAUAGGAACAGCGAUGCCUCCUGGUACAUCAAGACCUGGUUCUCGUGGUGGUCCUUCGACUACUGGAGGAGUCUUAUCAGCUCAGAUAAAAGUUGCAGACCGCCCAGUGACUCAACAGGGAUUAAGUGGAAUGAAAACUGCAAUGAAAGGUCCUCAGAGACAGAUAAUGGAUAAAACAUAUUACCUUGGACAGCUGAGAAGCAAAACAAAUGAAAUUACAACAGAAAUUAACAAGCUGCAGGAAGAAGUAGAAAUGUACAAGCAAGAGAAAUCUGUCUAUUUGUCUUGUGAAAAAAGGGCAGAGGCUUUAGCUGGUGAAAUCAAAGAACUUCAAGGUCAGCUGGCAGACUACAACAUGGUUGUGGAUAUCCUUAACACCAAUACGGAUAUGGCAGAAGUGAUUCGAGAUUACAAUAUGUUAAAGGUUCAGAAUGACCGAGACACUCAGACUGUGGAUAAAGUUUUCAAAGAAAGACAAGCCACAGAAAAGUUAAUUCAAGAGGUAGAAGAACGUAUCGAACGUGAAAAGGUUGUAGCAGAUGACAUAAUAAAAGACAUGUCGCAGGAAAAUCAAGCUAAAUACAUGGAGAUGAAGGCUGCAAAUGAAAAACUCUCCCAGGAAUUGGAUGCACUGAAUGUCAAGGAGGAGGCUCUAAGAGCUGAAAUAGCACAUUCCCAGGUGAGAGAGAAGGCUGUGCAGCUGUAUGAAAAGCUCCAUGAGCUUGAGGAACGUCGAGAUCACAUGAUUGCUGAGGAUAAGAACAUGGAGUCUCCAGAGGAGGAACGAAAGAGGUUACUAAAGCAGGUUAAGAAUGAUAGUCAAGAAAUAGCGAGCAUGGAAAGACAGCUGACAGAAGUAAAAGAAAAAACAAACCAUUUUAAAAAGGUCAUUCAACGACUUGAUAUGGAUCUGGAGAAUCAUCAAGGAGAGGAAAAUUGGAAAUACAAGGAGCUGAAGAAGAAGGAAGAAAGCAUGGACAAUUUUCUUGAGACUUUUGAAGAGGUGAAGAAUCAGGAAUUGGAACGAAAGGCCCAAAUAGAAGCCAACAUUGUUGCUCUCCUGGAGCACUCAAGCAGGAAUUUGAAUCAUAUGAAACAAAUUUCAUCUGUUACCAAUCAAGAGCUGAAGAUUAUGCAGGAAGACCUCACUUUCAAAUCAAAUGAAAUGCAGAAAUCACAGAGCACUGCUAAGAAUCUGCUUACAGAGAGUCAAAAACUGCAGAUGGACCUGCAGAAGAUGGAACUCUUGGAGGGCAAGAUGGUUGAUGAACUGGCUUCUCUUAAAGACAAAAUUGAACAAACAAAAACGGAUUUGGAGGUCUAUAAUAAUUUGCCAGCUCUGAAGGCAUCAGGAGAAGAGAAGAAAAAGAGACUCCAGGAUGACAAAGAAAAAUUAACAAAACGUAGCCGUGCUUUCAAGAAAAUAAUGGAACACUUGAACACAGAGUAUGAGAUGCUAAAGAAAGAGCUGCAAGAGAAUGAGACACAUUCUCAGCUUACAAAUUUGGAGAGGAAAUGGCAGCACCUUGAGCAAAAUAACUUUAUGAUGAAGGAAUUUAUAGCAACAAAAAGUCAGGAGAGUGACUACCAGCCAAUAAUGAGGAAUGCAAGAAAGCUGGUCACAGAGCAUAACAAAGCUCUCAUAGAAGCUUUACAGAAUGCCAAGAACUGA